UGUGUAUUCCUCGUUUGUCUAAUUAUAACCUGAGCUGAGCUGAAAGAGAGAAACAGGAUCUGACGGGUUAGUGGUGCUCUCUCUUUCUCUCUAUCUCUCUCAGACUGACAGAUAAAUAAAUAAGGCCUAAACAGCUUUAAACUAAGAUUUUCAAGGGCAUCCAUGCCUGUCCCUCCUCCUCCUCCCCCAGCACCACCACCCCCACCCCCACCAGCUCCCCUACAGUCCCAGGCAGAGCCUCCUAAAAUAGCGCACUCUAAAGGGGGAGGCCGCAAUGCACUUCUGGCAGACAUUCAGAGGGGAACCCGACUGAAAAAUGUUACACAGGUCAAUGACCGCAGUGCACCAGUGAUCGACAAGCCCAGAGUGAAUCCUGCUGACGGCAGUGACAAUGCUAAAGCAAGUGGAGGUUCUGGUGUCCAACCUGCACUGAGACCCAGUCUGAGUGGACUUUUUGCUGGAGGAUUUCCAGUCCUUAAGCCAGUUGGACAGAGAGAGAAAACCUUACCCAGCCGACCAGUGACGCGGUCCGGCUCUACCGCCAGCCUGAAGCAGCCUGUGUGGAAUUUGCCAUCUCAGGAAGAGAAUUUCAGGGCUAGCACUCCAAAUCUCUCUGCUUCUCACAGAACCUUGGAAAGGACCUCCUCUCUGAAUAAAACCCGACCGGUCUCUUCAUAUACCGCCCCACCCUCACCCAGCCAGCUCACACCGCCAAAUUCUAAGCUCCUAACCUCUCCUCCCACUUUAACACCACCUCCUCUACCACCGCCGUUGCAUCUGCAUCCAGAGCGAGCCAGUAACAAGCCACCUCCUCUCCCUACCUGUCUUCCUCCACCACCUCCCCCUCACAUCACCAAACCCACAUGGUUACCAGUGCAGUCUAACUCUAUUCCUGCACCUACAUCACCUCCACCACCACCCCCACCCCCCUCGACCCUGUCUUCAGCACUUCCUGAGAGGUCGUCUGGGUUCUUCUUUCUCCCACCUCCCUCACCCAUCCUAGCAGAUACUAGGUUUUGUAACAUCAGAGAUAGUCCUCCUCUGCCUCCUCCUCCUUUACCUGCUUAUUUUCCACCCAGCCUUCCCUCGUCUCUGCCACCUCCACCACCACCUCCGCCUAAAGUGCCUGCGUACAGACCUGCUGUGCCCCAGCUUCCACCUUCCUAUCCUUGCACAGCACCUUGCCGGAGACCCCCAGCGGUGCCCAGGAGUGCAGGUGCUGGCCGUUUGGCUCCUCCCCCUACUCCUCCUGCUCGUUCUUCUACUACUGAGCUGUCCAGCAGAAUCCCACCACCUCCCCCACCUCUACCUCCAGCUCCACCCAACACAGUGAGGAAUGGAGACCUGCACAUCUUCGAUGACUUUGAAUCGAAGUUUCAGUUCCACCCAGUUGAGGAUUUUCCACCGCCUGAGGAGUUCAGGCCUUUUCCAAGAAUAUACCCGAGCAAAGAAAAUCAAGUGUCUUUACAACCGCCAGGCCUGAGGACCUAUCCUAGAUGAAAAAAGAAGUAUCCAGUGUUUGGUGCUGAGCUUCAUCUGACCACAUUUAUUUCACUAGAAUCCUCUUUGUGGUCAAUGAGUUGAACUAAUGUCCAACCACAUAUUACUGAUCAAAGAACAAUGCAACCAUAUUAGAACAACACACAUCCUCAAAUUGUUCAGUACAAAUCUCAGGUGAUGGGCCACACAGCACCAGGGUCUUUGGGAACUGGCUUCAAGGCUGUUCUCUGGUCACUGUCUGUGAGGAGUUUAAAUGUUUUUCCUCUUGUUUGUGUGAGUUUGAUACCAGCAUAAAAAUCAACACUUACUAUAAUACUAUAACUAACUAAAUAUUUCUCAUGCAGGCUAAUCCAAACAUUAAUAGCAGCACUAGAGGCAUAAGCAUGUGUAAGUGAAUGGACGAAGGAGAAAUACAUGAGCAAAAAGAGAUAAUAUUUCCUACAGUAUGGAAAGAAUCCGGUAUGUUGUCGUGCCUUACCUUACCAUAUUCUACUAAAAUAUCCUGAGAUCAGGGGCUUGUACUCUCUUGUUGGUGGGCUUAUGAUUUUUUAAAUAAUUUUAAUCACUACAGUGGUACCUUGAAACUCAACAUUAAUUGGUUCUAGGAGUGGCGUUAAGUUUAAAAGGCAUUGAGUUUUAAGGGUUUUUUUUCCUAUAAGGAUGUAUGAGAAACCUGUUAAUGUAUUCCAUGGUCCCGUGAAACUGCACAUAUUUAAGCUAAUGUAAAAUAAUGAGGUUGUUUUUGACAUUUAUACAAUAAAAAUAACACAAAUGUAAUAUAAAAACACUGAAAUACAAUUAAACAGUUAAAAAUCAAUCAAAAAUACAAUAAAACCUGCACUUUACUUCUUUGUUGUUUUCUUAUGCUUUUUAAUUAGUGGAGAGAACUUAUAAGCAGUAAUAAUUUAUGUAAGUUAAGAUAGUGUUUUUAUGUCGUUCUUUUAAAACAUUAAGUAAAAUUUUUUUUUUUAUUGAUAAGUGUUUUAGAGGCUCUCGGAAAAGCUGAUUCUUACAGUUUCUCAGAACCCCGAGCUAUAACACAAGUUUAAAAGUGAAACAGGAAAAACACAGCUGAACACAGAUACAUGUGGAGCUUUCAGAGUGGAUUUGAUGGUUAUUCCACACAAAUGCAGAUUUGUCUCGUGUUCACAUGAUGUUUUACCGCACCGCAAGCCAAGCGCUGAACAAAGCUUAAGGGUACAAAUUUCUUGACGAAGGGUGUUGAGUUUCAAAGAUUUAGGAGACGUUAAGUUACAAGGUACCACUGUACUUAAAAUUUUAAAAAGUUUUGUAGACUUUGUAGAAAGUCAUAAUAUUUCGAUAAUAGUCUUUUUAGAGUAAAAUUUUAAUAUUUUGAGAAUGAAGUUGCAGAAUGACAAGUAUAAAGCUGCACUUAUGUUAUGCUAGCGUUAAUCAUUAAACUAAUUUCUCAAUGUCUCUCAUUUUAACAUGAAAAGGUUGCCGUCUUCAUUUUGCACGCACUUGGGCCAUAAUUUUGCACUUUUUCUGUUAAUAAUGCAACAAUAAUGUUAUAAUAUUACAACUUAACAAUCAAAAUAUUAUUACUUAAAUAACUUUAAAAUAUAAAAUAUUACAGCUUUUUCACGAACUUUAUUUGUGAAAUAUUACAAAUGUAGUCUACUUUUAUUAACUUUUAUUGUUAAAAUAUUAUGACUUUAGUUGCAAAGUCUACAGUUUCUUUUAAACAGUGGCCCUAAAACACUGACAUACACCCACAUAUUAACAUUUUUAACAGGCAAAUGAACAUCUUGCAAGAAUGCAUCCUCAGGGUUAAGAACUACUGUCACAGGUCCACAUUGUCUUAGGUAAAAGCAUAACAUAUACAGUAUAACUAAUAAAAGGCUUGGCGACAUACUAAGUGCAACCUUUGAGUAAGUCUGUGUAUGUGCAGUUGCAAAAACAACUUUGUAAGCCCUUUGGAUUUCUCCAUUAAUUACUCAUAAAAUGCAGUCUGAUCUUCAUCCAGGACACAAUCCAAGUUGGACAAUAUUAGAUUAAAAAAUAUUCAUAAAAAAUUGAGGUGGGAACAUUAUGGUUUGGUCUGCCUUGCAUUUUUAGGACAUAUACAGUGUUUAGUCAAUAAUAAAACAAAUUGUAUUAAAUUGAAAACAACAAUUCAUUUAUCAAACCAUCAAGGAGAAGAUUAAACCGAACUGACUUCGGUUUAGAGUAGCACGGUGGCUUGGUGGGUAGCACUGUCACCUCAGUGCCUUGCGUCCCCCCAGGCAGGAGACAGGAUGAUUACCAACAGAGAAAGAGGUCCACCACCAUGAAACUCUGAGGUACCAGAAAAUGUGUGGACUGCACUGCUUUAAUAUAAAAAACAUCAACAUAGAGCCAAAUAUGUGAAGUGGAUUUCUGUCACAUAGAAUUAAAGAUCAAUAAAGCUACAACUGCAGUGAUUGACAUGUGUCAAUACCAUUGUGUCCUACCAAAGUGUACAAAUAAACUGACCAGUUUUGAGAUUUUAUAGGUAAUUAUUGCAGAAAUACAGGUAUACAAUUUCUUUCUGGCAGCUGUAUGUGUUAGCUAUUAUUCUAAUUGGGUUAAAUCGCACUGCUUUGCUUUUAAUAAGUUAAAAGCUGUAAUACUUAUCUUACAAACUGGUUUGCCAGAUUUCAUCUGUGCCACUUUAGGACAGAUAUGGCAUUGAGGCACAUAGUAAAUACACACUCUGGGAAACAGUGCCACCAACUGGAACACAUCUGUAUAAAAAUACACAAUCGCAAUAAUACUAAUGUACAAUAAAUAUAUCCAAACAUCA